GUUCGCAGGGAACAUGGAUCGCGUACAGCUCAGUUCCAUUAUCUCCGUCCUCUCCUCUCUCACCUCCCAUCCUCUCUGGUUCGUGGCUUCCAUCCUCCUUUACUUGGUGGUCCGGUUACAGAGGAAGGGCUGCUGGAGACCCAAGGAUUGCCCCGUGGAUCUCACCGGCAAGACGGCCAUCGUCACCGGAUCCAACACAGGGGUCGGCCGGUACAUUGCUCAGGACUUCGCCCGGAGGAACGCCCGUGUGAUCCUCGCCUGUCGCAGCGAGGAGCGAGGGCGGAGGGCCGAGCGGGAGAUCCGACAGAGGACGGGCAACGGCAACGUGCACCUCCGCAUCCUCGACACCAGCUGCAUGAAGUCGGUGCGGGAGUUUGCCGAGCGGAUCCAGCGGGAGGAAAGGCGGCUCGAUAUCCUCGUCAACAACGCGGGCGCAUCCGGUCUGCCGACUGCCGUCACUCCCGAGGGCUUGCAGCUGACCUUCGCCACCAACCAUCUGGGCCACUUCCUGCUGACCAACCUGCUGCUGGGUCUGCUGAAGAGGUCUCCAAGCAGCCGGAUUGUAAACGUCUCCUCCAUGAACCACAGGCGAGGGGAGGUGAAGCUGGGGCAACUGCGGGGCGAGGACCUGGGACUCUUUGACCAGCUCUACAACAACAGCAAACUGAUGAAUAUCCUCUUCACCCUGGAACUCUCCAAGCAGCUACGGCACACAGGUGUGACUGUGAAUGCGGUCCAUCCCGGGGUGGUGAUGACAGAGGCAAUGAGAUACUACGGUCUACACUUCAGGAUCAUCUUCAACCUGAUUGGAUUCUUCUUCUUCAAGUCUGCAGAGGAGGGAGCCGUCAGCUCCAUCUACUGCGCCCUGUCCAAGGAGAUGGAGGAUGUCAGUGGCAAGUACAUCGACAGCGACUGCUCCCUCUCCCUCCCCAGCCCCACCGCACAGGAUGCAGCCUUGGCCAGGAAACUCUGGGAAGCCAGCGCCACACUGACCGGCCUCAGUGAGGGUGGUACGGGAGAGACACACUAACGGGAGACCAUGAAGUGCUCAGAGCCACACGAUGAGGGGGGCAAUAUGUCUUCCAACACCCCACCCCACC